UGCUCUUUUCAAUUACCAAACAAAACUUUGUUAUGUUUUAAUCAACCCCUUUUGAUAUAAGGCUAGAUUUUUUUUUGUAGUAUGGUCCAUUAUAAAGGUGGUGAAACAUUGUUUUCAAAAUACCAACAUGUUGUAUUUAUGUGUUUGUGUGAUUGGCUAAUGAAUGCUGAAACAGAAUCUUAUUGAUGUUGUUGUUAUUGAUGUUGUUUCUGUAGGAAUAGUUUAUUUGAAGUGAAGAUGGACUUUACUGGUUCAAGGCACAAGAGAAUGAAAAGUGAUCUUGGCAAGAAAGGAAUCUAUGACGAUAAGUAUUGCAUUCUCAAUGCUCCUCAACCUUCAAACACGGUAAAGAGUUACAAAGAGGCUGACCAAAGGCGGUCCGAAAGCAUUAAAGUAGAAAACUCCUUAAAACAAGAGAUUGAACAACUCCAGAAGCAACUCGAGGACCAGCUUUUAAUACGCAUCGAGUUGGAGAAAGCAACAAAUAGUCAACCCUUCUCACAUGAUCCCGUCAACGACACUUCACUUACAAAGUCUACCAAGGAUCUGAUCAAGGAAAUAUCUAUUCUAGAGUUUGAAGUAAAGCAUUUGGAAAAGUAUCUUCUGUCCUUGUAUCGUAAAACUUUUCAAAAGCGGGAGCUAUCCAUAUCUGCAACCGACACAAAAUCAAGAGUAAUUUCAACUUUAAAGGACCAACAAUCGUUGCAUUACAACUCUAAUGGUUAUAUGCCAGCUCGGGCCUCAACUGAUAAUCCUCCAAAAGAAUUUUGCCCCAUUUUGGAGUCAAAGCCAAUGGAAGAUUCUUAUGUUAAUCGUAGCCAGUCCUCACUUUCUUACAGAACUCCACCGCUUUACAUGGCUGUUAAUCAAGCUUUUGAAUCAUAUCAUUCCUUACCGUUAGGCAUGCUUGAGGUUGGUAAGGAUGAUUAUUCAAGCGUUAGUCUGGCUGAUCAUCUUGGUGGAUGUAUUUCUGAUAAUGUUCGAAUGUCUGCAAACUGGAUUUCUGAGGAAAUGAUCAAAUGCAUCUCAAGCAUAUAUGGUCAAAUUGCCGAUCCACCCUUGUUUAACCAUGAAUUCCCUUCGUCUCCCAUAUCAUUCCCAUCACCACCGAGUGAUUCAUCCCCAAGAGACCAGUUUAGCAUGUGGAGUCCCCAUUGUGAACCAUCAUCAGAGUUCAGUGGAUCCUACUUUACCACAGCUGAAGUUCAAGGUUUCUGCAAGAAUACUCAACGACUAAGUAGCGUUGAACACAAGCAACGUAAAUUCAGGUCUCUUAUAUCUCAGUUAGAGCAAGUCGAUCCUAAAAAGUUAAAAGAUGAGGAGAAGCUGGCGUUCUGGAUCAAUAUACACAAUGCACUAGUGAUGCAUGUUUUCUUGGUUCAUGAAACUCCUCGUGGUGCUAUGAAGAGGAUAUCGUUAAUCCUAAAGGGUGCUUAUAAUAUUGGGGGUCAUAACAUUAGCGUUGGAGAUAUACAGAGUACAAUACUGGGAUGCAGGCUGCCCCACCCUGGACAAUGGUUUCAAACGUUUUUAUUUCCGAGUCCAAAGUACAAGUCCAGAGAUGCACGAAAGGCAUAUGCAAUGAAGUACCCACAACCUCUUGUGUAUUUUGCGCUUUGUUCAGGAAGCCAUUCUGAUCCCAUGGUGCGAAUAUACACGCCAAAGAGUGUUUUCCAAGAGCUUGAAGUUGCCAAAGAAGAGUACAUUCAUAGUAAUUUCAAGAUACAAAAAGGGCAAAAGAUGUUCCUCCCAAAGCUUGUUGAUCUUUAUGUCAAAGAUUCAGGUUUAUGUCAUACUGAUAUGAUGGACAUGGUUGAACACUCGGUGCCAGAAUGUUACCGUCAAACAUUCAAAUUGAUUCGGAAAGAGAAAUCCUUGAAGAAAAUUGAGUUUGCCGCUCAUGAUUUCACUUUUCGUUAUCUACUUUCCCCAGAUUUAGCCAAAGGUUGAAGUCUCCAAGAUGUGUCAUACGUAGAUGAUGAUAGUACAUAGAACGCGUGUUUAAAACCAAAUAGCAAUCGAGGUGACUCGGGAUUUUGAGGGUUUGAGUAAUAUUGAUUGAGAUUGAACAUGCUAUGAUGAGUGUUAUUCUUGGAUGAUGAUGAUGCAUUAAGUGUGAUAUGAGUGGCAUUCUUUUCUUCUUUUUCCUCUUGCAUUUAUAUGUAAAUUUUCAAAUAGCAAGAGAUGAGUUUGAUGAGAUGUUAUGUUAUGUAUAUUGGUUUUAUACAUAGCUCUUUUCCAAGAUUGUUCUUGAAUCGAAAUAGGCUUUUUGGUCUAGUAA